CAUGGUCUGGAGCUGGAGUCCCGAGACGCUGCAGAUGCAGAUGAGGCGAGCAACGAGCCCGGAUCUGCUCUGUACGGCAACUUUAUAAACUACUACACCUUUAACCCCCCGGAAAACCGCCUGAGUCUGAUUCCAGCUACUCUCCUGAAAGAUCUGGGUUACAGCGACCGUGGAGAUGAAGACACACUCAUCCUGGAUGUGGGAUGUAACUCGGGGGAGCUGAGUGUCGCCCUCUACCAGCAUCUGCUGCCGGAGUCGGAGGAUCCCCAUCGGAGCAAGGUUCACCUGCUGGGCUUUGACCUGGAUGAAGCUCUCAUCCAGCGGGCGCAGCGCAGCAACCCUCUGGGUGGAUGCAUCACCUUCAUCCCCCUGGACGUCACCAGAGACACCGGCCGGCUGCGGGACUACCUGCGGCGGCGGGGAAGCCCCCACUUCCACCUGUGCGUGUGUCUGGCGGUGACCAUGUGGGUGCACCUGCACCACGGGGACUCGGGGCUGCUGCAGCUGCUGACGGACCUGGCCUCCAUUAGCCGACACCUGCUGCUGGAGGCGCAGCCCUGGAGCUGCUACCGCUCCGCGGCACGGAGGCUCCGGCGGCUCGGCCGCUCCGACUUCGAGCACUUCAAGACUCUGCAGAUCCGCGGGGACAUGGCGGAGCAGGCGAGGGAGCACCUGGAGAAAAGCUGCCACAUGGAGCUCGUCCAGACCUUCGGCAGCACCGUGUGGGAUCGGAAGUUGCUGCUGUUCAGAAGGAGGUGACGGUUUUAAGGACGGUGUGUUUUUGUUGGGCCAAGGAACUGCAGGAGGACGGCACAACGAAAGUAGAGCGGAAUCGAUUAGUGCAGGGGUCGGCAACCUGCAGCUCUAGAGCCGCAGUAGUCUUUAGCGCCGCCCUAGUGGCUCCCUUGAGCUUUUUCAAAAAUGUUUGACCUUUUUUUUCUUUUUUGUUUCUUUUUUCCUUUUUUUCUCUUUUUUUCUUCCUUUUUCCUUUCCUUUUAAAUCUCGACAUUUCGACUUUUUUCUCAACAUUUCGACUUUUUUCUCAACAUUUCGACUUUUUUCUCAACAUUUCGACUUUUUUCUCAACAUUUCGACUUUUUUCUCAACAUUUCGACUUUUUUCUCGAAAUUUUGACUUUUUUCUCGAAAUUUUGACUUUUUUCUCGAAAUUUUGACUUUUUUCUCGAAAUUUUGACUUUUCUCGACAUUUGACUUUUUUCUCGACAUUUUGACUUUUUUUCUCGACAUUUGACUUUUUCCUCAACAUUUCGACUUUUUUCUCAAAGUGCAUAAUGAAAAAAAAAUCUUCCCCCAGUUAUAACUAACAUGCAGCAGGUGUUGCCUUCAUUCUAAGGCUUAUACAAGACUUAAUUUUUUGCGGCUCCAGACAUUUGUUUUUUGUGUUUUUGGUCCAAUAUGGCUCUUUCAACAUUUUGGGUUGCCAACCUCUGGAUUAGUGUGAAUAGGAUUAAUCUUCUUAUGUGAAUAUUUGCUGAAAUAAUAAACCCAGAACUAGUGUACCAGACACCCUUAUUUUGCAAAGACCGAAUUUAUUUAUAAAAAAAAAAAGCAUUAUAGAUUAGAUUAUAUAUUGAAAUGCUUAUAUAUGCUUUAAGUUUUACCAAACUUGGUAUUAAACAUUAGUAUAUAUGCAGACAAAAAAAUUUUUUUUUUUACGAUAAUACUUAAGUGAUAUUGUGAAA